AUGAAGUCGAUGGGCGACGCCGGUACUCUGACCUCCGCGUCCUGUGGCAUUUCGGACAGUGGCAGCGGCAAAACUUACACUGACAGCGGGAGAACUGGCACGGGCAGAGCUGCCGGCGAGGGAGGCGAGAAGCGGCACCUCCGUGGCACUGACUCUAGCAGUCCUGCCACCACUAAGCCACAGCUCACCCACAAGGCACUCAUUGCUGGUGCCAUAGCACAGUCACCGUACAGGAAACUGACGCUGUCGGAGAUCUACGAUGACAUCGCGAGCCGCUUCCCCUACUUCAGACGCAACAGGAAGAUCUGGCUGCACGCGAUAAGCUGCUGCCUGUGGUAUAACAAGUGCUUCGUCAAAGUGCCGCAGGAGGGCGGCGACGACAAAGCGAAAUGCUGCAACUACUGGACACUCGACCCACGGUACGAGGACGUGUCGGAGAACGACAGAUCCCGCGACGGGCGCACGAAGCGGCCACGACGCGGGGGCUCGGCAGCGGCGGUGCCGGCGCGCCGAGCGUCCUCGCUCCACGGCCGACACCGACACGUCGACGACGACCCCCGUCGGCAGCGACACCGCUCCGGCCCGUCCGAACACCUCCGGCUGCCGGAGAACGCGGCCGGGUCACUGUCGGAGCCCUCGGCGCGCAGUGCCGACCCUGCCGGCGGUGGAGGUAGUGGCGUAGGAAGCGGCGCAGUCGGAGGCGUCACCGAGUCGGUCUCCGCCUACCCCCACUACUCCAGCACCGCCGUCCCGACCUCGGCCGGCCUCUCGGUCUCCGAGGACGACGACGCCGUCCGGCCCGCCUACGAGCCGCCCCUCCCUGGCGAAAGUGGCUACUGCGAGGACGGUAUCCCGGGACCGAUUGCGGUGACGUCGACGGGAGGUGCCGCUACUCUGACCUCCCCGUCCGGUGGCACCGGUAACGGGUGCACCGACGGCACCGGUGACGGCGGGCGGGGAACCGCUGCGGGCAGCCCUGGCGGUGCGGCGGGCGAGGAGCGGACCUCUGGUGCCACAGCGUCGGCCAGUACAGCCAGCGCGAAACCGCCAUUCUCCUACGAGGAGCUAAUUGCUAUGGCCAUUAUGAAGUCGCCGCACAGGAGGGCAAGGUUGACGGAGAUCAAUACCUACAUCGCGAGCCGCUUCCCGUACUUCGAGCGUGACGAGAAGAGCUGGCAGCACUCGAUACACUGCAAGCUGUACUUCAGCAAGUACUUCGUCAAAGUGCCUCUGAGGAGCAGCAAGUACAAGGGCAAAUUCUACAACUACUGGAUGCUCGACCCACAAUACGAGGACGUGUUCGAGAACGGCAACUUCCAGCGACAACAGCACACGAAGCGGCCCUUCUCCUGGAGCCGGGGUAUCGGGAGCAGAGGCGGAGGUGGUGGAGUUCACGCUGUGCCGUCCUCCGCCACCCUGCACUCUACCAGAUAUGAGCGCAGUACCGGCCGAGCUACCUGCGACCCGUCCCGACCCGGCACCGGCCGCCACGAGGACGAUGUCCCGACAUCGGACGCGACCAUGUCCGCGGUCAGUGCCCCUACUCCGGCCGUAACAUUCGAGGGUACCGCCGACACUGUCGGCAGCGGUACUGUUGCCGACAGCGGGACGGCCGUCGGGGAUGGUGCCGCCGGUGCGGCAGGCGACACUGGCUCGCCCUCUACUGCCGACGUGAAGCCGCCGUUCAGCUACACGGAGCUGAAUGCUAUGGCCAUAAUGCAUUCUCCACACAGGAGGGCGACGCUGUCUGAAAUUUACACCUACGUCACGAGCCGCUUCCCCUACUGUAAGCGCAACAAGAAGUUCUGGCAGAGAGCGCUGAGCAACAACCUGUCUCGUAACGAGUGCUUCGUCUACGCCCCACAGGAGGGUGCCGAGCAGAAGGGCAGCGGCUGGAAGCUCGUCCCGCAAUACGAGGACGUGUUCGAGAACGGCAAGUUCCGCCACUGGCAGCAGCGGCACCGUGCCGGCCUGUCGGUACGGGGUGGAGGCGCCGGGAGCGGAGCAGUCGGCAUCGGAAGCGGCGCCGUUCCGCACGCCGGCUACGCGCAGUGUGCCAGCAGUCCGGCGGAGGACGGCUGUGGCACUGACGGACGUAGCGGCCAUCCGGAGAGAGACUGCCCGGACGCACGAGACGACAAUUCGGUGCGGCCAGCGCUCGACUGCGAGGAAGCUUUCGCGAGGGGGCAGAAUCUGGAGCGGCGUGGGCGCGUCGGCUGCGGUCACGCGUCAGUUUCUCGCAGUGCGUGCCACAGAGUGUUCGAGAGGCGCGGCAGCUCGAAUCGACACGUGCGGCUGCACGCGGGCGAACGCCCUUACGACUGCCACGUGUGUCACAAGACGUUCGUGAGGAGUAGCAACCUGAGGGAGCACUUGCUGCUGCACACGGGUCAGAGGCCCUACAGGUGUAGCUUCUGCCUGAAGGCGUUCACUGCGAGUUCCAAGCUGAGGAAGCACUUACGGGUGCACGCAAACUGUGCGACAUCCGCCGUAAGAGGUUCGGGAGGAGACACGAGUGAAGUACGCGUGGAAUGUCGGGACCGGGAUGUGUCAUCGCCCUAGGAAUAGGGGGAGUCUAUCAUUUUGUGGUGUGUCUUUGCCGAUACGAUACACGGACUGAUACACCCGCAUUACCGGCAUUACAAUGGAGCUCACUUCGUGAGAAACUGUGGAUUAAUUGUGACAUCGUAGGAUAGGACUGGAGUGUAUAAUGUGAUGGCUUCUGGCCUAAACAAAUUUUACUGGGUAAUAAUCGACAAAGCUGCGCACUUUUUAGCUACACCAGUGGAGCUGCUAAUGUAGUAUUUGCAGAGUGGCAUUCAGUACUGUGUUUGAUAACGUAUCUCAGUCGUGAAAUCAUUUUCAAUCCUUCACGACUUAGUUAACCACCAAAUAUGCAAAUAAAACAUUUCUGUUUCAUAUUGGUGCAAACUUUCUUCACAUUACAUCAAAAAAUUCACAAGCGCCCAUCGUAACACUGACAAUAAAGCUUCAGUACUGCUUUGUCUCACAAAAA